AUGUCGGACCGCGAGGUGCGGCUAGUCGUGCGGAAGGCAGCAACCGGUGACUUUUCCGCCUCCCAGAUCAAGGAGCUCGUCAGCAGUGCUGCCUCUCUACGCACCGUCCAGCGCGUUCUUGCGAGCGUGGAUUGGUUGCAGUACGCGAAGAUGGACAACACGCUGGAGCUCACGGCUGAGCACAUGAUCGCUCGCCAUGAGUUCGCGAAGGAAUGGCUACUCUACUCCAAGGAUGACUUGCGGGUUCCGAGGCGUCAAACCGUUCGGCGCCAAAACGGCGGUGGUUCGCUUAUGGUCUGGGGUGGCUUUAGC